UCACAUGAACUCUGCAUUAAAAACUCUUUCCUCUAUCAAAUCGAAAGGCACAGCCCAACUUUUCGCAAGUCGCUGUAAAGUUGAUUUUGCUCCUUUUUUUAUAUACACACAUCUUCUCCUCCUCUUAACAUCUUCUUCUUGAAUCCUCCAUCUCAUUCAUCAUCUAACCCUAAAGAACUUUAUCAAAGAUCGAUCAAGAUUCUAUAAAACACAAGAACAUGCUUGCCGUGCACCGCCCUUCCUCCGCCGUAUCAGACGGAGACACCGUCCAGAUUCCAACGAUGGUUCAAAAACGUUUUCCUUCUCUCUCACGCGACGCAACCGCGGCUCGUUUCCACACGCACGAGGUCGGUCCUAACCAGUGUUGCUCCGCCGUGAUUCAAGAAAUCUCCGCCCCUAUCUCCACCGUAUGGUCCGUCGUCAGACGCUUUGACAACCCGCAAGCUUACAAACACUUUCUCAAAAGCUGCAGCGUCAUCGACGGAGACGGUGGGAACGUUGGUAGCCUGCGCCAAGUCCACGUCGUCUCCGGCCUCCCCGCUGCUAGCUCCACCGAGCGUCUUGACAUACUAGACGACGAGAGGCAUGUCAUUAGUUUCAGCGUCGUCGGUGGUGAUCACCGGCUCUCUAACUAUAGAUCCGUCACGACUCUUCACUCUUCUCCGGUCUCCGGGACCGUCGUUGUUGAGUCUUACGUCGUUGAUGUGCCUCCGGGGAACACUAAGGAAGAGACAUGCGACUUUGUUGACGUUAUCGUACGAUGCAAUCUCCAGUCUCUUGCUAAGAUAGCUGAGAUAUCUGCGGCGGAGGGGAACAAGAAGACGUCCAUGUGAUAUGUGUUUACGUUGUCUGAAUAGUUGCGUUAAGAUCCGACGUCAUUUCUAGGUUUUUUUAGCCGUCGUGUGAUCUAUGUUUUUUUACCGGCUUAUUGUGUGAAAAAAAAAGAAAAUACAUUAGUGAAUUAAUCUCUCAUGCAUCAUAAUCUUAUUAUUUACUUCUUUUUGUAUUUUAUAUCCAUAAAGAACUGAUUCGGAUAAGCCCUAUUCCGGCUUUCAUCACCAGAAGAUAAUAAAAACUAAUAUCGGA